AUGAUCGAAGAGAAGCUGUUGGUUGGUGUCGCGUCGGCGGCGUCGACGCUUGCUGUCAUAGCGUGCCUCGUCGUGAUUCCAUCGCUUUACAACACCAUCAAUGAGGUUCAUGAGGAGGUCCUCGAUGGGGUUCAAGUGUUUCGCGUUGAGACCGAUGCCGCGUGGACGGAGAUGAUGGACAUUCAGAUCACCGUGACGCCGCCGUCGAAGCCGCGCGUCAAUCCGUUCAACAGUGUGUUCCGUCAGAAGCGUCAGACGUUCGCCGGCCUUCCGGCGUGGUGUCAGUGCGAGCCGACGAAGCCGACGUGCCCACCGGGCCCUCCAGGACCUCCAGGACGGCCGGGACAGCCUGGAACGCCGGGACGGCCUGGGCCGCGAGGUCGCGACAACCACGAGACAAUUCGCUCGGAGCCUUGCCGCCAGCCGAACUUCGGCUGCGUCAAAUGCCCACGCGGACCACCGGGACCAUCGGGACAGCCGGGACCGAUUGGACGUCCGGGACCCGACGGACGACCAGGACAGCCGGGCCGACGCGGAAACGACGGACGGCCGGGACCACGAGGACCACCCGGCAAUCCGGGAAGUCCGGGACGCGUCGGCGGACCCGGACAGCCGGGACAUCCCGGCAAAGACGGACGCAAAGGACGUGGAGCGCCGGGACCCGCCGGCAGGCCGGGAAAGCCCGGCAAGCCGGGAGCCGCCGGACGGCCUGGACGACGCGGCGAGCUCGGACGCGACGGCAACGCGGGAGCCGCCGGACGGCCGGGAUCACCGGGCCACAAGGGCGCCGACGGACGGCCGGGCGCCAACGGCAAUCCGGGACGUCCGGCACCCGACGCCGCCUAUUGCGCGUGCCCUCCGCGCUCGGCGAUGUUCGUCAAACGCGUCAGUCGUUCAUAA